AUGAACCCAGCCAACGCCCAGGACCAAACUGCCGCCGCCGUGAUCCAAAAGGAGCUUGAGAAAAGAAGGGAGAUAGAGCUCUUGUGGAGAGUUGCCCACAAAAAAAACGAGGUCGUCAAGUUGCACGACGAUGGACCGUCCGCCUUCAAGCCGGUUGCCUCGAAGGAGAAACCAGCCGCCCAAGCCGAUCUUCUCGACAUGUUCGAGCUCGUAGGUUGCAACGAAAAGCCUGCUCCUUGUCCAUCAACUUUUGAGGAGCCCGAGCGCCAGGAGGCGGAGCUCUCGCCUUCGUGGAGCUAUUCGAUUUCCUCCCCAAGCUCGGAGGACAAUGGAAUUAAGAAGCGAAUUUGA